AUGAAUAUUCAUUUCAUUUGGGUCCUAAUAUCCCCACUCUCUCUCCUACGUCUCACCUCUCAAAUUCCUCCUCCACCACCACUUCAAACCCUAUACAACCACAACGCCGUUGUCAAUCAAAAUGUCGACCGAAACUACACACCACCACCACAUCGUCGAACACAUUGUCCUCUUCAAGGUCAAGCCCAACACGGACCCUCCCAAGUCAACGCCUUCGUCAACGGCCUCAACAGCCUAACGUCCAUCAACCAAGUGCUCCACCUCACCGCCGGUGCACUCCUCCGCACUCGAUCCCAGUCCCUCUCCUUCACUCACAUCCUCCACACUCGCUAUAAAUCCCAAACCGAUCUCGCCGAUUAUAAAUUACACCCCAGCCACGUCAGCGUCGUCGACGAACUCAUCACUCCGAUCGUCGAUGACAUCAUGUCCCUCGACUGGGUCAACGACGACGUCACCGUUCCAGUGGUCAUAAAUCCCGGUUCGGCCAUGAGAGUUACGGAAAAGAAAGUUGAUCCAAUUGAUCAGAUUAGUUUUGGGGAAAAAAUUUCGGUGAAAGCCAAGGGUUACACGAUCGGAUCGAUUAGGGUUUUUCCGGGAUUGAGUGAAUUGGAAGAACUGGAUUCAAAUUUGGAGCUCGUCAAUGAGAAUGAGAAGGUGAAGGAAUUGCUUGAUAGUGUGUUGGUGGUGGAUUAUGUGGUCCCACAAAUCCCAAUCGUCUAG